UGAAGUGCUGGUGACAGGAGAUAUCUGUGGCACCAGUGGUGGUGGUGAUAACGGUAGCAGCAAGGGGUGGCCGUAGUGGUAGCAGGAGGCAUGUGUAGCAUCAGUUGUGGUGGUGGGGGCGGAGGCGGAGGGCAGCCGUAGCUGUAGCUGUGGGUCGGGGCCCGGAGGGAGCUUGCAGCCAGCCUGGCUCAGUAGGCGUUGGGAGAGGGGAGGGACGGGACGCGGCACUCGCUCGCCAACGCUCGCUGCGGCGCACCUCGGCAGUCACGGUGGCGGCGCCACUGGUGUCGGCCACCACUGAAGUAGCUCAGUGUUUUCAAGCUCCUGUGUUUUUCUCGCGGGCCUGAACCCCGCAGCUACCGUGGUGGUGGCGUGCGUGGACACAGGGCAUGCAGCACUGCGCGUUCCUCGGGCAUGCUGGGGGGUGAUUGACCCCCGCCAUGGUGGCAGAGCCCUCUCAAGAUGAGGUGGAGCCUCACACCUCCAACGACGACCUACAGAACGACCAGCCACCCCUCGGGGCAGCUGGCGGCACGGACCUGGGCGUGGCCAGCAAUGGUCGCCACGGCACAUCGGCGUUAUCGUCGUCCCCUGAGGCGACCGGCGGUCCAAGGUCCGAGAGUGGCGGUCAUCUUGUCGCGCUCGUGGACAGUAGCGAGAAGGGACCCAUGGGGAUGGAGGAGGGCUGCCCUCCCGGCGGGGCUUCGCUGCCUCAGAUGACGGGCGCCGCUUCGUCUCCCCCGCGGCACGUACGCCCGGCCCGCGUCACUCACCCUCACCGCCAAGAAAUUUGCUCAACAGUCUGCAGCAGAAGCAGAAGCAGUAGCAGAAGCAGCGUUAGAAGCGACAGAAGCAGUAGCAGUCACAUUGACAGCAGGCGGGAUGAAAAAGAUCAGGGCGAAGUGUCGGAGUAUGCUAGUGAUGGAGAGGAAGGCGAGGGAAAGGCCUGGGGUGUGGGUGUCCCUCUUCCUGACCUGAGUGAAUACGAGCGAGUGUGGGAGGCGGCCCCGGAGGUGAUAAUAAGGCCGGCGAGCUUAGCCUCCUCUGAGACACUCACCCCAGACUCCCCUAGCCCCAGCCUCUCCUCGGCCCUCCGCCAACCAAGUGCCUUCUCGGAGACUCAGGAGAACCUCCGGCAGGGGGACGACCCGGGAGCGGCAGUGGGCGCGGUGGGAGGGGGUGGGCGGGCAUGUGGGUGUGGGGUGCAGGUGGGCGGCUUGGAGGAGGCUAGUGCCCGGUGUCCGGCCUGUCCCCCGCCCGCCCCGGUGUACGUAAGUGAGCAGUUCCCCUCCACUGAUCCACUGGAGGAGUGCGUGGACGGCUCCGGCCACACGCUUCAUGUGGACUUGAGCACGGGCGCGGUGCAGCUCCACCUGCACCUGAGGGAUGCCAAUAAGUUGUCCCCCGUCGCCCCAGCUGACCCCGCCAAGUGCCUGGCUGACCCCCUGCUCCCGCCCGCGCCCGCGCCUGCUACUAGCUCCCAGCCGGAUCCAGCUCCGCCUCCUGCAUCAACCAUAUCCUUCAGCUCCGGCAUCGGGGAGGCGAGUGUGUAUCAUGCACUGGUGGUCAUCUUCCUCGAGUUCUUCGCCUGGGGGCUCCUUACCUCCCCCAUGAUCACCGUCCUGAACGAUACUUUCCCGGACCACACCUUCCUCAUGAAUGGUCUCAUCGUGGGGAUCAAGGGUCUGCUGUCGUUCCUGAGUGCUCCCCUCAUUGGUGCACUCUCGGACCUGUGGGGUCGAAAGUUCUUCCUGUUUAUCACCGUGUUCUUCACAUGCCUUCCCAUCCCCUUCAUGAAGAUCAACACCUGGUGGUACUUUGCCCUGAUCAGCAUGUCCGGUGUGUUUGCCGUCACCUUCAGCAUUGUGUUUGCAUAUGUCGCUGAUGUCACAGAUGAAUCAGAGCGCAGCAGUGCCUAUGGGCUGGUUUCUGCCACAUUUGCUGCUAGCUUGGUCACUUCCCCUGCACUGGGAGCUUACUUGGGAAAAGUGCACAGUGAUGACCUGGUGGUGGGCCUGGCCACAGCCAUAGCAAUACUGGAUGUCUUCUUCAUCCUGGUGGCAGUGCCAGAAUCACUACCAGAAAAGCUGAGGCUCUCAUCCUCCUGGAGUGCCCAUAUCUCAUGGGAGCAGGCUGACCCCUUCUCUGCACUGUGGAAAGUGGGUAAGGACCGCAAUGUACUGCUGAUCAGUGUGUCAGUCUUCUUAUCCUAUCUACCGGAGGCUGGCCAGUAUUCCUGCUUUUUUGUCUACCUCAGACUGGUUAUGGACUUCUCAGCAGAAAUGGUGGCAACUUUCAUAGCAGUUGUGGGGAUUUUGUCUGUUGUGGCCCAGACUGCUCUUCUUAGUCUCCUUAUGAAGAAACUGUCCAACAAACAUGUUAUUAUGGUCGGGCUGACUUUUGAGUUACUGCAACUUAUGUGGUAUGGGUUUGGCUCAAAGAUUUGGAUGAUGUGGGCUGCAGGUCUGCUGGCUUCAGUAUCUUCCAUUACCUACCCUGCCAUUAGUGCCUAUGUCAGCACUCAUACUGAUGCUGACAAGCAGGGUGUGGUUCAGGGCAUCAUUACAGGCAUGAGAGGAUUAUGCUCAGGCCUUGGUCCUGCGGUCUUUGGCUUCAUCUUUUAUCUUUUCCAUGUGGACCUCAGCCAAGAGCAAGGGGAUGAUGGCUCUCACAGACCCAAUGGUUCUGCUGUCGGCAAUGGGUCAACAUCACAUGUUGUCAGCAGCCCAAACCUGGUGCCUGGACCUCCAUUCGUGUUUGGGGCACUACUGGUGAUCUGUGCCCUCAUGGUUGCUGCCUUCAUUCCUGAGGGCUCUAUAAAAUCCAGAAAACAAUCAGGGAGCAGUUUAGAGCUGAACUUUGAAAGGGGCCACAAGAGAAAGGGGAGUAUGGAUGCAGCAUCAUUACCACUCAUGGAUGAAACUGGUGUUGUCUAGCACCAGUUUCUUCUUUAGUGGUUACAACUUGACUUCUGUUUUAGUGUAGUGUGAUGUCUGAAGUGAGACUGCAGUGACAGUGCUCUGUAGAUAUGAAAAUGAACUCAGUGUUUGUGACUCCAGUGUAGUUUUUGCCACAAAGAUAAACAUGAAAAGAGGCACAUGCAAAGCUUGCCUUGUGGUGCUUUAUCCUCUGUGAAGCGGAGGUGUUUGCAGGCAGGCAAGGCAGGCGGCAGGAAGUGCAGAGUGGUGGCAGACACUCUUGACUUGUGAAUUCUUCUGAUAAACAGGUUUGCAUCUGGUGCUGGUGAAGAUAGUUUGAAUGUUGAAUAAUAUUUUUUUUUAUUGUGGAUUUUUUCUUAAGGGGGGGAAGUUUUCAUUGACAAUACAGUAUUAAUAUGUUAUGGGAACAUAAAUUACUAGUAUAUCCUUUGAAACUUUUCUUUAUAUACUUUUUUUGUAGAUGUUAUGACUUAUUUAUUCUGGUUGUAACUGGUGCUCAUUGUUAUUGCUGCAAAUCUCAGUUAAUACCCCUCUUAACCUUGUGAUAUCUUAGGAAUGCAAAUGUAACUAAGGACACAAGCCCAAAUGAAGAACAGAAGGACACCAUUGACUGUUAAUCAGCUUGAGUUGUGAGCAGUGGUAAUGUGGUAAUUUUCAUAAAUUUAUUAAAAUGCAAAGAUACAUACCUGUGUGUGUAUAUAAUCUAAUGUCCUCAUUAUUUCUGUAUUAUAAUAACAAGAUUUUAGAUUUUAUACAUAGAACUAGUAGGAGUGCAACAGAUGAAUUUUUAUUUUCUAUUUUACACUUAUAGUAAGAAUGCGUAUGUGAGCAUGUUUGUGUGGUAGGCAGUGACACCUGGUCUGGCAACCCUCUCCCUCCCCCCGGCAUCCUCAUCCCAUACAGCAAAGGUUCUCUCCACACUCCCACUUCUUCCUCACAUUGUUGCUUACUGCAGUCUGGUGAAAUAGUUACAGUGCUGCAUCUCACUCAGGAUGUGGCUAGCAAGGUCUGUCAGGGUUGGAGGUUAUACUGUUUAAUAUUUAUCAUUCAGAUUUUAAUGCUUUAAGGUACAAGAAAAUAGCAGUGAUAUAAUAUUUGCUGAAACCGUCCUAUAUAUAAGCAGCACAAGUGCUGGACUGAUUGUAUGUACAUACUAUGUCACUUGUGGGACAGCUUCACUUAGAAACUGCCAUAUUAUUUUACUCAUCAGGUUUUGAUAUGCAUAUUAAAGUGUUUGCACCAAAAUUUCAGAAAAUUAUUUAAGAUUUCAUGUAAUCAUAUAAUGUGAUUUUUUUCAACAGAAUUUAUAGUAAUAUUAUAUAAGUUUACUGCGAUUUUAAUAUAUUUGUACAAGAACUAUUUAUCAUUAUUGGUUUAAGCAUACAAAAUCUGAAUUGAGUGCUAUCAGUGAAAUUUUUUUAUGAAGACUCCCAUAAUUAUAAUAGUGUCAUAGAUGCAAUGCUGUGUUGCCACUGGUGUGAGGAAGAGAAACUGGCUGCCUUUAGGGUAACCAUGGUGAAAAUGACCUUAAGCAGUUUUGAAAAUGAAUCAGACAAAUCCUCUUACCAGGAUGGUCUGCCAUGGUCUUGUACUGGGCAAGAGUGAAAUGACUAGGGUGGGUGAAUCAGUGCAGAAGGGAGAACAAAAAGACCAGUUACUAAAAUAGGUGACUCAUGCAGGUUAUAGACAGAUGAAAUUGUAGCUAAAAAUUAGAAAAAUGGGACAAAGCAUGUCUCAUGUAGCUAGGUUAGGGUAACACUAACCAGUAGACCAAUAGAGAGAUAUAGAAAACCAAUUAUCAAAACCUGUCACAGAACUUGCUCUAUGACUGCUGUUUCUGGCAGUGGCUUUCAAUUAAUCACAAAGCAUAAGCAUAAGCAAAUGCUUUGCUUGCCUCCGUGGGAGGACCUACAUAAGCUGCCACAAGUUAAGCUGACUUUAGGUGAAGUUGUGUAUUUGAAUACUAUUUAAGAGGGUGGUGCAAAGACAAUAAGAAUGUGAAUUAAUUUUUCCAAAUAAACAAUUAAUUUUUGACCUCAAAUUAAUUUCAUUUGUCUUACUGGAUUGAUAUUAGCUUGCUGGUAAAAGCUGAUGUGGCUGUCAUGAAGGUGUCCAUAUGGACCUGGAAGGAGGAUGCUUCUUUGUCACCAACUCCCAAUGCCUUGAUUUCUUUGUUCUCUUAUAUUCUGAAGAUACUGACAACACUCCAGAGAUUUUAUUACUGUAUAUACUCGUGUAUGAAAUGGAUACCCAACAUUAUUAAAAUCUCUCGUACACCAAAAUGUGUAUAUAUACGUGUGUAUGCAGUCUAAAUUUUAUAUAUAUAUAUAUAUAUAUAUAUAUAUAUAUAUAUAUAUAUAUAUAUAUAUAUAUAUAUAUAUAUAUAUAUAUAUAUAUAUAUAUUGGUGUGGCUUGGUAAGAGGUUUCCUAUUAGAUGUACCAAGGUUAAAAGCAACUACUUUCUCAGCAUCAUUCAGCUUUUCUUCUAAAGUAUUUCACUGCGCCUGGAUGAUGUCUUUAUUAACUGCUAGAGCACCAUACGAAUGUUUAUGUCAUGAUGCCAUUCAACAAAAUGAGAACUUACCAAACAAAAAAAAUACAGAGACAAGGCUGAAUAAUGGGGAGAAUGCUGUUGCCUUGAGGCUUGCAUGACAUCAUUUGAACCUCUGAAGUUUAAGCCUAUAUUUUGUUACAAGAUGUGGUCUGUACUUGGUUUACUGCAGAAUAUUGGUAUGACUGCUGUCAAUUCAUGCACACAUUUUCAUAAAUACUACUAUGAAUGAAUGAUACUGCAACAAAAAAAAAGACAAAAAAAUGGUGUUAAUGGUAGCAAAGAGAAUUGUGUCAUCAAGGUUACCUGCAAUUUCAAUAUGCGUGGAUCUAUUCUUUAAUUCUAUUAUCAUGUCAACUCCUAAUCCUAUCCUUUACUGCUGAACACAGUUGUACCUAUACAUGAAUAUAUACAGUACUUUGAAAAUGUUAUCUUACUCUAAUACUAUGUAUUCUCAAUUGAUAAAAUAUUUUUUUUAUCUGUUUAUUACUCACUUUCUUUUUCUUUGUGUGUGUGCUGGAGGUUAGAAAGACCCGCAAAGCAAAUGAUAGAUUUAGAGUGAAAUGGGCUCCACAGUACACUGCACCUUGCUAUCCCUGUGAUAACUCUUACCAAGACCAUUUUCUUCUUGGUGUUCAGUAGUGAAGUAGCAAGUGUUACAGCCAUAAUCUCCUUGCCUGCAAGCCUGUGAAGGAGAUAAAGUUUAAGCUGUGCUAUAAGUAAAAUGAAAAUAAUUCUUUACAAGUUGCUAACACACUAAAAUGUAGAUGACAAGAUACAAAUAAAUGAAGAAAUAAACUGGAAGCAUGUGUAGCAACAAUUGCUGAGCUUGCCUCUCUGAACCUACAUUGUAAUGCUGUAUACUUUUUUUCUCCCUCAUUCACAUUAUACACAAAGGAGAGCUGCCACAAUCAGCUGGUUCAGUGUCACACCUAACACGUGGAGACUGAGGAGGGUGACCAGUGCCAGUCAUAGGUCAACCAACAUCCCUUUCCUCACAUUUUAUUCAAUUCACCCAUUCAUUUCCAUUUAGUCACCUGAACAGUGUAGAUGAGAGACUGUACACAUUGCAUCACUUUCUGUUGUGCACCCUAGUCUCAUCCAGGAAACAAUUCACUCCAAUUCAUGAAAGUAACAUGGCCAAGUACUAAUGUUUGCAAUGCAUGUCUCAUGUGUGUAGGGUAAAAAAAUCAAUUGGGAAAACAUAUAUACAUACAUUGUGAUUUUAUAAUUUCAUGUGUUUAAUAAGAAUAUUAAAUAUCACAAGAAUUCUACUUGUAGUAUGCUAAUGAUACAUAUAUUUGUUGAUUACCAAAAAGUGUUCUUUGAACUUCAACAUAUCAAAAUAUUUAGUUGAAUCUAUGGAUUGUGUUGCUCGUAGACCAGGUACCUGAAAGUGAUCUUACGGCCUCAAAUAAUUUCUGAUUAUUUAUUGAGAUUACAAAUAAAUUUUGUCUUAGUUGUGCACUUGGUUGCAAUAAAUUAUACUGUGAAAA